AUGGCAUCACUCCAAGUUGAUUUCAAGACUCCACUCAAGGAGAUCCCAGUGACAGAACUCAAGAAAACUCAGGAUUCUGCUGAUUACGCCGGUGGUUUUGGUGACGUCUGGAAAUGUACCUGGUACACUUCUUCCAAGGAACCCCCACUCACAGUUGCAAUCAAGGCGGUGAGGGUCACUGACAGGAGUCAAACAGAACUGUUAGCAAAGACUGCCCGGGGUAUACGGCGCGAGGCCUACGUCUGGGCUAACUUGAAAGACGACCACAUCCUCUCGCUUCACGGAAUCACAUCUGGUUUCGGAGUCUUACCAGCGUUCAUUUCGUCAUGGAUGACAAAAGGAUCCCUCGAUAACUACCUGAAACAGAAACCCACUCUAUUGAUAUCCCGGAAGCUAGACAUGUCUCACCAGAUAGCAUCCGGUCUCAAGUAUCUGCAUGGAAAGGGCAUUGUCCAUGGCGAUUUGACACCGACCAACGUACUCAUUAAUAGCGACGACAAGCUUUGCCUCGCAGACUUCGGUCUCUCAAUGGUCCUUGCAGAGUCGGGAAACCCCACAUUCAACUCCUGCCACGCAGGUAACGUGCGGUGGAUGGCCCCCGAAAUGUUUGCUAUACCCGAGCCAGGGAAGCUAACAAAGCCAACAAAGCCCGCAGACGUGUAUUCGUACGGCUGUAUCAUGCUUCAGCUACUUUGUGAGAAAGAACCUUACUUCGAGCUGGUGCAUGUGUACCACGUGAUGGCGGCGAAAUGGAAAGGCACAGAGCCCUUCUGCCAGCUCACCGGAGUUGACGACGGCCGUGAACAGUAUUCGCUGAGAUGUGUGUCUGCCGAUUUAAAUGCUCGACCUAGAGUCCAGGAAAUCGUGGCAUUUAUAAAGGCCGAGCUGAAGAACUUGGAUAUAUAGCUGGUAUGAAUUACUUACAAGUCCUUGUCGAUUCGCGAUACAACAAGCA